GACCGCGACUGACCGCCGGGCCGGAGGAGCGGAUGGGUGGCCCGGGCACCUCCCAGCUCCAAAGGACUAUUUGGUAAAAGCUUUCCCACCAAACUUUUAAAAACACAGGAGUUGCGGUUGGAACACGCUAAAAUAGGGAUUCCCUGACUUGACAAAACCUCAAACCAAACCAAUCCCCAAACCCAACCACCAACGCCACAAAUGCGUCUUGAAAAUGUGGAAGUUCUCGAGACCCGAGGCCCUGUGCGCCCCAACUGGACUUAAAUAGUACUUUUACUUCAAGCAAGAUGAUGGACCCGACAGCCCGGUGAGGCCUCUUCCAACCCGGAUUAUUCCAUGACUGUACAAUGAACUGGAGCUGUGUGUGCUCACACCAACACUGGCUAUUCCCCAGUACGUUCUGGUUAUUUCUGUGCGUUCACCUCCUUUUCCGUGCUAGCUCGGGGCUUUCUGCUGAUGUCGCAUCUCGGAUUUGUGACCAGUGGGGAGCUGACCUCAGCUUCUCAGUGCACAACAGCUGAGUGCACUCCAGAGCUCUGCACAGACCAGCUGCUCUAGGAUUCUUUGGGUACUCAUAUAUAUAUAACAGAAUAAUCACAUUGCAUCUUCAUGAGAUUUUGUUUCCUCAGGCAGCCAAGAGACUGGGUAAUGUGAAAUAACAAACCCUUCUUUGCUUUUUUAAAGCUUCUCCUGCCCAACUAGGGCCCCAGGCUUUACUUAAUCCAUGUGGGAUUGCUGCAGGCAUUGCCACAGGAGAGAAGUGCUGCUCCAGCCUCUCCUUACCUUGUGGUUAUCGUGGCUGGCAGGAGGAACAGAGACUCUGGCCUUGGGGAUGGGCACACAUCUGCGGGAACGCUCCCUCCAGCCAGGCAUUCCUCCCACAUAUCACAGGAAAGGACCAGACUGGUGAUUGAGGAGGCCAGGGGUAUAAUUUGGAAGAAAUAAACCAACGCAGCCGUGUGCGUGGGACAGAACUGCUCAUCCCCGACACUGGGCGGGCAUAUGCAGAGCGCUGCCAAAGUGUGGGUGUCCCGGUUCGGGUUUAACCCCUCGGAGCUGCAGGCAGCCCUGUCCGCGUCCGGCCGCAGGCGAGAUGCAGUUUCAGCAUCCCGACAGCUCCAUCCCGCCGGCGCUCCCGGAGCUCCCCCAGCACGCACCAGCCCAGCGGAGCUGCUCAUCCGCCGCGGACAGAGCCCGCAGGAAUUCCGCCAGCGCCCGCGGCUUGCCGGUUUCGCUGUGAGAAGGCUUGUUCUCUGAUGGCACUUUUCUCUGAGCUGAUGGCUCCAGGUCCCGGCACCGCUCUGGCGUUUUACUAGGCGGAAUUUUCACACUCCUGGAGGAUGUCAGUGCUGGUCCUGGAGGAACAUCACAGCCUCUUGGUGGUAUCUCACAGCAGUGGAGAUAAAAACUGGGAUGAAGCUGCACAAAAAGAUUGUUAUUACUGAGGAGGAGGAGUCACAACGAUCCCUUCACACAGGAAAGACUUGGCUUGAGUUAUUCUUCCACAUUUCAGCAGGUUUAGCAGAGGAGCGGCUGCAGCAGCCUGGAAAUGACCAUGGAGAAGAUCCUGAAGGCAGAGCUGAACACCAACAUUCUGAAGGCACUGGGGAGCACUGGGGGAGGAUGCAUCAGCCAAGGCCAAACGUAUGAGACAGACAGAGGACGGAUAUUUGUGAAAAUCAACCACAAACCUCAGGCUAGAAAAAUGUUUGAAGGGGAAAUGGCAAGUUUGGAAGCGAUUCAGAAAACCAAUAUUGUGAGAGUGCCUCAGCCCAUCAAAGUGAUUGACCUGCCUGGAGGAGGAGCCAUGUUUGCCAUGGAGUACCUAAAGAUGAAGCACCUCAACAAAUACUCUUCAAAGCUGGGAGAGCAGAUAGCAGAGCUUCAUCUUUACAACCAGAAACUUGGAGAGAAGCUGAGGGCUGAGGGAAGCACGAUUGGAAAAGGAGCUGGUCACUCUGAGGCCCAGUUUGUGGAUCAGUUUGGAUUCCACACGGCCACUUGCUGUGGUUAUAUCCCACAGGUGAAUGAGUGGCAGAGUGACUGGCCAUCCUUCUUCAUCCGUCACCGACUCCAGGCUCAGCUGGAUUUGAUUGAAAAGGAUUAUGGAGACAGAGAGGCCAGAGAACUCUGGUCACAGCUAAAACCAAAGAUUCCUGAAAUGUUCUGUGAUGUAGAAAUUGUUCCUGCUCUCCUGCACGGGGACCUGUGGGCAGGGAAUGUGGCUGAGGAUGACUCCGGGCCCAUUAUAUUUGACCCUGCCUCCUUCUAUGGCCAUUCUGAAUUUGAAUUGGCCAUUGCUGGAAUGUUUGGGGGAUUCAGCAGCUCUUUUUUCUCUGCCUAUCACAGUAAAAUACCCAAAGCUCCAGGAUUUGAGAAACGGAACAAGUUGUAUCAGCUCUUUAAUUACAUAAACCACUGGAACCAUUUUGGGACAGGGUACAGGGGCUCUACCCUAAACAUGAUGAGGAAACUGCUAAAGUAACCAGGUACAUUUGAGAAAUUCUGACGCAGUCCUUUAGGAAUGAGCCGCCCCUGCUCAUUCCAAGUAGCACAAACUCAGAAUUGAUGGUAAAACAUCUGGUGUGGAGAAGGCUUAGUGCACCUUUGAGCCUCACUAAAAGCAAUUGUGUAACCUUUAACUUGGGCACUAGUUUCCCUGCACAGAUCCCUCCCUGCUGGAGGAAAGGGCUGCGCUAUUUGUCAAGGCUCCACUGGCUUGGAAAGCAGCACAGCAGUCAGCCUGUCCUUGCUCUCUCACUCGUGGCUGCUGUGCUCCCACAGCUGCUCCUCAGCUGCAUCUUCCCAGUCCUGCUGCUGCUCCAUCAGCAGUUUGCAGUGGAGAGCUGCAGUUGUGGGACAGUGGUCCUGAAAGUAACAGCAAGUUCUUAUGUCUGCCCUUGUUAGUUCUGGUUUAAUUUUCUGUCUCUUCCCAGCCCUUUUCCCAUUCAUAUUUCCAUGGUCUUCUGUUUCCCUUUCCUUUCCUUUUGCAGGUCAAAUGUCCCUAUUCCAAAAUUUCAGUCAGAUUCUGUGAAUCUGAAAACAUUCUCUUUUUGAUUUAAUGAGCAGACAAGGCCCUUUAGCUGCAUUUGGCAACCAUAUGUAAUUAAUAAUAUUUCUAAUAUUUAUUGUAAUUUAAUGUAAUUUACAUUCAUUUUUCUCUUGCUGUAAGAACUGAAAUUCCAGUGGUAUUUUCUGAAAGGAUGUCUAGUUCCUUGGUAAUUACCUGUACAGUCAGAAGUGGAUUGUUACCACUCAAAGUUGAUAAUAGCAUUUCAUCAUUUUAGUGUGAUAUUUCAGUGUGUUGUACUACAAUAGUGACAUAUUUAAAUAACUUUGUAAAAAAACAUCAAAAUGUGGGAGGGAGGCUCCAUGGUUGGGUAGAGAAGAAGCACUUGUGGCUGCUGGGUUGGUUGGUGCUUGAUGUAUUUUCAAUUUUAGAAAAUGAGUGCAGUGGGCAAAGCUGGUCUGUUGUGCCACCACUGGGUUAUAGAAGGAACAGUGUCAAAUCUGAUGGAUUUGUAAGGGGUUUCAUUGUUCCUUACUGCUUUAUUUUUACAGAAAACACAGGCAGUGGGAAUUUGGGGAGAAAAGUGUUCAGCAAAGAUACUGGUGUACAAUCUGAGCUAGAGUACAUUGGUGACUCUGGGGGGAUUUAAUGGAAGAAAGUGGCAAGGAGAGUAAAAGUAAGUGCUGUCCCACAAAUAUGAAUUAGAAGAUUUGGGUACGAAUGACCUGAGUGUUCAGGCUUCAGAUGGUUGGCAUGACUAAUACUAAAAUAUUCUAUUCAAAAGUGCUCAAAUAUGUUUAGGCUUUUUUUCAACUUUAAAUGGUAGUGCUAUAAAGAUUUAAUGAAGUUUAAAAUUUGGUGUUGUAAUUGGUUUAAAACAAUGCACUAUGCUCUCUGUAAAUAUAAUACAAAUAGUGAAAAAAUUUUAGUUCCUUUGAAUCAGGGGAAUAUGUCAUGGUUGGUUAUAAAAGUUAACAGAACUAAAACAGUGGAAAAGUGGAACAGUAGAGUUAGAACACAGUUGGGAUUGUAGCUGAUGGCUGGAAGAUCUAGGUCUGAGGAAAGAGCAAAGUGCAUGUGCACUGGUGUUUAUGGAUGUGAACAAACCGACCUGUAUCACACUGGGAAAUACUUGUGAACUCAAACUUCUCAAAUAAAACACUUGCCUUGCAGAAA